AUGCCCGCAAUUGACACCGACGUCCCCUCCGUCCAGCGCAUGUUCGACGUCAACCUGUUCGGCCCCAUGCGCAUGGUCCACCACUUUCACGACCUGCUCAUCCGCGCCAUGGGAACUGUUGUGAAUAUGCGGUCCAUUGGGGGCGUUGUCCCGUAUGUUUAUGGGGCAUCGUACAACGCCAGCAAGGCAGCGCUGGCGCACUGGUCGAAUACGUUGAGGGUCGAGAUGGAGCCGUUUGGGUAUGUGACUCUCUACAGCAUCGAAGAGCCGUUUAUCAUCUCCGGCGAAGUCAGCACAAACAUUCUCCGCAACGACCACGGCAGGACUUUGCCCGAGGACUCCUACUACGCGCCCCUGGCCUCGGAGUUCAAAGACCACCUCUAUCGGACACCGGAAGGGGCAACCGACCGCCACGCCUUUGCCACAAAGGCCGUCGCCCAGGCUCUACGGUCCUCCCCACCAGCCUGGUUCUGGACGGGCAGCUGGGCGACCUUCAUCUGGGCUCUGGAUACGUUUUUCCCCAGGAGGGUUUUGUACCUUGCCGUUUUAUUUCUUCUCUUUCACCCGGUUCUGGUUUAUUCAAGUCUAUUGGCUUCGUUCCCCAUCACCCUUUCCUGGUCAUUCCUGGUCUAUAUCGUCGUUGUUAUUGCUGGUGAAGUGACGUUUAUUGGGGUACAUCGACAUUCAUACUACCUCCCUAUCAUUGGCUGGGACCUGGUGUUGCGAUUCCAACUAGGGAUGGAUACCCGCGGCCCCGAUCCCGACUCCUUGCCCUGA